CUUCCAGACUCUUGGAGUGCCAAAGCUUACAUCGCUACUAUAGCAACAUUUAAAGGUGUGUUGGAUAUUGGUGACAUUGCCUGAACAAUUGCAUCAGAAAUGCAGACAUUGGGACUUAAUGUCAGAUUUUUUCGGAGUUUUACUUACAGAACAGCUUGUCAUUUUGCCUGUGGGGAACUUCUUAUGAUCUGUCUUUCCCUCAUACCAACCCGCUCUGCUCCGCUUUCUGCUGGAAGGCACCACCCAUUUAGGGAGUGUGCACACAUGAUCUCUUACCUGCUUUGCUAACAAACACUGGACGUGCUGCUUGCAUUCUGUCCACCUUUAUGCUGCGGGGCAGACGCCUGACAUCUGGUUUUCAGGUCUCAUUUUCUCGCUCUUGUAUUGAUGACCUUCCUUUGUUUUACAUUUGCUUCUUCUAAAAUGUACACGUGAGAUAAAAUGGAGUUAUAACUCUGCCGGUGGAAGUGGCAAACAGGGACUACCUCCAGUGUUAAUUUGUGCACUUCUUUUUUCUCACGGCACAGACAGGAUGACAUGGCGUCCUCAGUACCGUAGCUCCAAGUAUCGCCACGUGUUUGGGAAACCAUCCACAAAAGAGAACUGCUAUGAUGGUGUGCCCAUUACCCGGAGCGUUCAUGACAACCACCUCUGUGCCAUCAACCCUCACUUUAUCGCUGUCAUCACUGAAUGUGCAGGGGGCGGGGCUUUCCUGGUGGUGUCCAUCCAUCACACUGGUAAGGUCGAUCCUCUACAUCCAAAGAUUUCUGGUCACAGAGGCAAUGUGCUCGACAUUAAAUGGAAUCCUUUUAAUGACUUCUGUAUAGCAUCAUGUUCAGAGGACGCCACAGUAAAGAUCUGGGACAUCCCUGAACACGGAGUUAUGAAGAACAUCAUAGUGCCUAGGAAAGAGUUGCAGGGUCAUUCACGCCGUGUUGGGCUUAUUGAGUGGCACCCCAACGCCAACAACAUUAUUUUCAGCACUGGCUAUGACUACCAGGUUAUGGUGUGGAAUCUUGACAUUCCUGAGCAGGUGAUCAAGAACCCUGUGAAGUCCAUCAGUUUGCACCCGGAUGUGGUUCUGUCCAUGUCCUUUAACACAGACGGCAGCAGACUAGCCACCUCUUGCAAAGACAAGAAGAUCAGAGUAAUUGAUCCACGCACUGGAGUCCUUUUACAGGAGACAAAUUGCAAGACGCACAAAGCCAGUAAAGUGCUAUUUCUAGGAAACAUGAAAAUGCUCCUUUCCACAGGGAACUCACACUGGAACCAUCGUCAGAUUGCACUUUGGGAUGAAGAGGACCUCUCUCAGCCAUCCUAUUCAGAGGACCUGGAUGGCUCCUCUGGGGUUCUCUUUCCGUUCUAUGACCCUGACACACACAUGCUGUACAUAGCUGGAAAGGGUGAUGGUAAUAUCAGAUACUAUGAAAUCAGCCCAGAGAAGCCAUAUGUGCAUUAUCUGACUGAAUACCGAUCUCUUCUUCCACAGAAGGGAAUGGGUGUAAUGCCAAAGCGAGGACUGGAUGUGUGUUCCUGUGAAGUGUUCAGAUUCUACAAGCUAGUGACAAUCAAAAGUCUCAUUGAACCUCUAUCCAUGAUUGUGCCAAGAAGGUCAGAGUCUUAUCAAGAGGACAUUUACCCUAUGACAGCCGGGAACAGGCCUGCCCUGACAGCAGACGAGUGGCUCCGUGGUCUAAAUAAAGGUCCGGUGAUGAUGUCACUGAAGCCUGGAAGUAAACUGGACUAUGCAGAGUUGAGCUCGAUCGAGACGCAUGAUUCUCAGAGUCGACCAGGUUUGCCGCACCAAUUUCAGGAACAGCUGAAUACUAAAGAAAACAACGAGCAACACAAAUCCUUCUCCACCUCACUGCCUCCAUCCCCAGAUGAAAACAGCAGAUCUACAGCCAACGUCAGCAACGGAAAACUGGAUAGUACGCAGUGCUCCCCGCCAAAAACAGAGAAUGAGCUCCGGCAAGUGUUUUAUAAGCACCAGGACGAGAUCCGAAGGUUGAGGGAGCUGCUUAACCAGAAGGACGUUAGGAUAACACAACUCGAACUGGAGAUCAAAAAUGUAAAAAACUCGCAAUCCACUCAUUGAGGUGUCAACUACAAAGGUUCACCUCACUAACAUUUACAUAUGAACUAAUUUUAUGGCGUCGUUUAAAAAACACUUUUCGGAAACACAUGGGGUUCAUUCUCAUAAUCUCAAGUCUGUUUACUCGAGUCUGUUUAUUUUGGCCAUUAAUACAACCUUCCGGGAAGUGUUUUACACCUCAGCACUAUGCAAUUUUUUUUAAUUAAAAAUGUUUUAGAAAUGUUUUAUAUUAUUAUUAUUUAAAAUGUGUCUAAUUAAGCAUGUGUUCUUUGUUUUAUACACGAACAAGAUGUAAUUAUGAUUGAAUAUGAUUUAAAAUAAUAAUGCUUUUUUGCUGAUUUAUUUGCUAUUUAAAUUUUCCUGCUUUUUUAAGAUUGAGUGGUGUGACAAGAAGGUUUGAUGCUACAAACAAUAAUGAUGCAAAUCCAAAGUUUUAGAACAAAUUCAAAUAUGGUUAAUGAUAUUUGAAUAUGCACAGAAUUAUCUUGAAGAUGUUUAAGAUAAUGAGUUUUCUUUUUGAUAAAUUCCUGUUCAAUGAGACAAAAAAAAACAAAUCCCAGCAUGCACUAUUGAGACACCGUUUGAACGAGCUGGGGUUGGGACUAAGGUCAAGUUUAGGUGUAGUAAUAUUGGCCACACAUUGAAAAAUCAUAUUGUAUAUUUAAUCACACGAUGUCCUGUCAAAUUAUUGCCUUUUGUGACUUGUUAAUGCACUGUAAACAAUCAAUUUAUAAUGGUUAAUUAAAAUUUUCAUUCACACUUUUAUUUUUACCCACUGUGUUUGCUGCUUUUGUUUACAAAUAAAUGUUGCAACACUU